ACGAGCAUUGGAUUUGACCAAGCAAAGCAGGGCUGGUGUAAACCGUCACCAACCAAAACACGGGAUACACGGGAUACACGCAGAUUACACCUUUGAUUGGUUAUUGGAGAGGCUUGGAGAAAAUAUCCCAUUUUGUCGAAGUCCGGGGGCGGGGCAUACCAAAAAGUAAUGGCCAUCUAUUUAGGGUCUGGCCAGGGGAUUUCUCGUCUAUCAUAGCUAUUCUAUAGAAUUCGCCGUUUGUAGAGCGAACAAGGUAAACAUCGUAACCAGUAUUACUAGCCGUAUUCGUUAAUUGCAGUCGCGUUCGGUCUGAAUAUAGUUGAUAUAUCGCCUGAACUUGAUACACCAAUUUAGGGUUAACCAGCCAUCUAGCCACGCUAGCUAUCAGUAUCAGCUCACCAGCCAACAUUUAGAACCUUCCUUGGGCGUGAUAGUUUGGACGUUUCGAGUCGAUCACAUGCGGAUAUUUGUAUAACGCAGUUAUUACACAGUAUCUCAUACCACAAGUCAACAUGGGAAUGAAUUUAUUUUCAAGAGAUUGACGACGACAAAACGGAUUAAGGGCAAUUUGGUCUUGGAAAAAGUUGUACGCAGGAUUAAAGAUAUCUUUAUGGUUAAGAAGAGAGUUGCCAAGUCUUUAUCUCCCAUCUGCAAAAAAGGGCAUGCCAAAAUCCCAGUAAUGGAGACUACGGCUGUGAGUACCACCACUCUGGCCAAUGAUGAGUUUGACAGGAACGUGCCGCGGAUCUGCGGUGUGUGCGGGGACAAGGCCUCCGGAUUCCACUUCAAUGCCAUGACCUGCGAGGGCUGCAAGGGCUUCUUCAGACGCAGUAUGAAGCGCAAGGCCAGCUUCACCUGUCCCUUCAACGGCAGUUGCACCAUAACCAAGGACAACCGCCGCCACUGCCAGGCCUGCCGGCUCAAGCGCUGCGUGGACAUCGGCAUGAUGAAGGAGUUUAUUCUGACAGACGAGGAGGUGCAGAGGAAGAAGGACCUGAUUCAACGGAGAAAGGAUGAGGAGGCGCAGAGGGAGGCGCAGCGACCCCGGCUGAGCGAGGAGCAGAGCCAGGUCAUCGCCACGCUGGUGGAGGCUCACCACAAGACCUACGACGACUCCUACUCUGACUUCAACCGCUUCAGGCCUCCGGUCCGAGAAGGCCCAGUGACACGCAGUGCCAGCAGAGCUGCCUCUCUCCACUCUCUAUCUGAUGCCUCAUCUGACUCCUUCAGCCACUCUCCAGAGUCGGUGGACACUAAGCUGAUGAACUUCAGUAACCUGCUGAUGAUGUACCAGGAGCAGGGGGCAUCCCGGACUCACGACGACGGCUCCAAGCUCUCCAUGCUGCCCCACCUGGCCGACCUGGUCAGCUACAGCAUCCAAAAGGUCAUCGGCUUCGCCAAGAUGAUCCCUGGCUUCAGGGAGCUGACGGCUGAGGACCAGAUUGCCCUGCUCAAGUCGAGUGCCAUCGAGGUGAUCAUGCUGCGCUCCAACCAGUCCUUCAAUCUGGAGGACAUGUCCUGGAGCUGCGGAGGGUCCGACUUCAAGUACUGCGUCAACGACGUCACUAAAGCGGGCCACACUCUGGAGCUGCUGGAGCCCCUGGUCAAAUUCCAGGUUGGCCUGAAAAAACUCAACCUCCACGAGGAGGAACACGUGCUGCUCAUGGCCAUCUGCCUACUCUCCCCAGACCGUCCGGGCGUGCAGGACCACGGGCGCAUCGAGACCCUGCAGGACCAUUUGUCGGAGACGCUGCAGGCCUACAUUCAACUGCACCACCCGGGCGGCCGCCUCGUAUACGCCAAAAUGAUCCAGAAGCUGGCGGACCUGCGUAGCCUGAACGAGGAGCACUCCAAGCAGUACCGCUCGCUGUCCUUCCAGCCCGAGCACAGCAUGCAGCUGACCCCGCUGGUGCUGGAGGUGUUCGGCAGCGAGGUCUCCUAAAUUAACACUUUUUGUUGACCUUUGAUGGAGGUAGAUGAGGUGGACGAAAGGUCAUAGGAGAGGUGGGAGGAGAGUAUGAGGUGGGAGCUAUAGGAAUGUGGUUAGACGGACUGUGGAUGGUGUGAAUGUAAGUGUGUGAGUGAAGGUGUGUGUUGUGAGGGAGAGGGGGGGAUAAUAGAAGUGUGUGUGUGUGUGUGUGUGUGUGUGUGUGUGUGUGUGUGUGUGUGUGUGUGUGUGUGUGUGUGUGUGUGUGUGUGUGUGUGUGUGUGUGUGUGUGUGUGUGUGUGUGUGCGUGCGUGCGUGCGUGCGUGUGUGUGUGUGUGUGUGUGUGUGUUAGAAAUUCCCCUGCCUCGUGUGCAUGUGUGCUUGAGGAGCUUCGGUAGGUCAGGCCUGGGACUGGGUACCUGAGGAGCUGUUGACUGGAACAUGCAAAGCGAUGGGGAGCGAAUUAUACAAACAAGGGAAUGUACUUCAGACCCAUACAUACAUGGAACUUCUGCCUGUAUUUGACAUGUACGCUUACCUUGGUAUUUAAGAGACAGUAUAUUGCCAAACAGUAUUGCGUCUUGUGUGCCGGUAUAUACAGUACACCGUGUGCUUUUUGUGUGUGUGUCAUGCAAGUGCUGCUUUUAUGCAUGGCGGUGUAUGGUCACUCAUACAUAUGAUCACACACAUACACACACACACACACGUAAGGACACUCACUUAUACAGUUGUUGGAGCUACCUCUGAUUUUCUCCUCUCUCAGUUUUUGUAUUCAGAAAUACACACAGCAUAGAACCUUCAAAAUGCAUGAAAACAUUUCAAUCGUGGAUAGCUGAUAGACACUAGGUCCUCACUGGAGCGAAAACAGUGCCUGCAAAGUAUUUCCACGUGUUUCUCUCAUCCUUUCUCCGGUUACUCUGCUCAAUCGCUUCCCUCAAGGGCAAGUGUUUGAGUGUACGUAUACGCCGCAAAAUGCACGUCCUUCACCUCUGCCAAAGGUAUUGUCCACGCUCUCUCUAAGCUUCCAGGCUUCUAGUGUAGCCACAUGAUGCCUUUUAUGUGCACACUCACCGUUUGUGCUAGCUUUUGCUAACUAGCCUCUAGGAAUUGAUGAAGGAAAUGUGUAUACUCUGAAUAGAUUCAUACAGCCUGCAGAAUAUUAUCUGUAACCUGGAAAUAGUUUGGUUGUGGAAUAGUGUGCGUGAGCUGUGGCUGUUUAGUCACUAAAACAAGCUGUCAAUCAAACCAAGCCAGAGCUCUGGUUGGUUGGUUGGUUUCUUUCUUUUGGAGGGGUUGGGGGGAAGGGGGAAUUAUGAUAGCUCUAAAUAGACUUAGCUACAACUUCUAUGUAUCACGAACACUGCUACCUGUACUCAAGCGUAUCUAUUAAUAUAUGUCUAUGUUCAAGUUAUACCACCGUUUUUAAAGGGCUACAAUGCCAAACUGACUGGAAAUGCAUAGUUAGGCCGGUUACUCUACUGUCUACGUCUUUUUGUAUUAUAGCCACAAACCAUGCAAGUUAUCUGGACAGGAUCUUAAAACAAUUCCAUGAAUUGUUCAUUUUUUUUUCCUCAAAUGUACAGUUUUUAGUAGGUGGAGUGUUUCAAAGCUGCUUCUUCACAGAUAUCACCCCUUUCGUUUCCAACUCGGAAGUGGAAUUCUUUGAAAUGAAUGUCUUGAGGACUCGGAUGGAGCAUCUUCUGUUUCAUUUUUUGACACGUCCGAGUCCUCCGAUGUUGUAUGCUGCUCAGCCCUCCAGUGGCUGCAUCCUGUAAAUACUACGUAUCAAUACAAUGACCCCCGCAGCUGUAUAUAGGGCUACAUAGAUAUUACUACUACUAACGCUUAGUAAGGAAAUUCUUGGAUUAUAUAUGCAAACAUGAUACUGAUGACCGUGUUUUACGACUUAUUCUCACUUUCUCUUUCUGAAACACUAUGCUUUCUCAACUUUUUUUUAUAUAUAUACAGUACCAGUCAAUGUUUGGACACACCUACUCAUUCAAGGGUUUUUCUUUAUUUUGACUAUUUUCUACAUCGUAGAAUAAUAGUUAAGACAUCAAAUCUAUGAAGUCAUACAUAUGGAAUCAUGGAGUAGCCAAAAAAGUUAACAUAUUUUAGAUGUUAGAUUCUUCAAAGUAGCCACCCUUUGCCUUGAUGACAGCUUUGCACACUCUUGGCAUUCUCUCAACCAGCUUCAUGAGGAAUGCUUAUCCA